AUGACCGAUUUGAUAGCGACAAUCGCUGGUCUAGCGGAGGAGAAAGAGGUGGAAGAGAUCACCAGAAAACAGGAAAACCCAUGGAAGCUGGUUUCGACACUUGUGAAUCAUGUGCUCGCCAGCAAUCAUAUCGGAUAUACGGGUCAGUGUGUGUGGACAUCCGGACAUACAGAUAGACAGAAAAAUGUCAAAAAUAGGCAAUACAACACAGCUGGAUGGAUCUCAGAAGACGUGGCUCGCCAAUCCCUGUCCCGUGCACUCAACUCCCCAAAUGCCGCAUCAAAAUCCCUUUGGGCUCUUCAUUUGGCACAUUGCCACGUGGAAAAACUCGAAACGUCUUCGGAUUCAUCGCCAGAAGAGCUGAAAAUUUGUCUGGAAUUCUAUUUGGUAUGGCAGCAGCUGUUGGUGGACCCAGAGCAGACGAUUAAGACACAAGUUGACGGGAUUAUGAGCCGCCUGAAGACCCUCCUCGCUUCUGACUCCGCCCCCUUCGCAUCUGGAGACGUCAGAUGUGAAGUGCUUCUAGAAAUGGCAGCAGUGCAUUUUCAAUAUUUCGAGUAUGAUAAAUCCGAUGAGCUGAUUCAAAAAGCCACGGAGGCGUGUGAUCUGGAUAUCGAUUUGAGUGGAAUGAUGGGAAAACGGACACGAUUUCAGCAGAGAAAUAUUGCUCAGUUGGUGUUGGUCCAUAAGACCCCCACCUCAUCGUCGCCUUCUCCACUACCAACAGAUGCUGAUAUUCCACAGAAUUGCAGUCUGAAUGACGAUACGCUUCUCGAGGAAAUCGCCAUUUCUACGGAUUCAGAAGCAUCAAGAGUCGACGGACGGUGCCUGACACCUGCGCAGCUUUGCUGUCUUCUAUGGAUCGCUCGACACGAAUCGGCGACUCAUCGACACGAUGUUCUGAUUCAUGAACGGUGUAGCCCGUUUCUGGAUACGGUUAUUGCCGCGAGACGGUGUUGGAGCAUUCAGGCAGCGGCUCUUCUGGCUCGUGCGGACCUGGAAAAAGGCCGCGGUCGCCACGUGGAUCGAUCGUGUGUGCAGUCGGAGUUGGUGGUGAAACUGCAGCAAGGCGUAGAGGACACGGUAGCUGUUGGAGAUCGCCUUCCCCGUACCGCCCAUAUCCUCGCCUCGGGACUCACUCCAUUCUGGCAAUCCUCAGUUCUCCUCGCCGAGAUUCUGAAAUCCCUCGGAUGCACAUCUGAAGCCCUCCUCAUUCUGGAACGUCUCGAAAUGUGGGACGCCGUCAUCGAGUGCUACAAACAACUGGGUCAAAUGGACAAGGCCGAAUCGCUAAUUCGACGUCUUCUGGAGCAGAAGCCCGCGGAUUCAAUGUUGCACGUCUUCUUGGGCGACAUCACCCGGAAUCCGGAAUACUUUUUGAAGGCCAUCGAGCUGUCGGGAGAUCGAAAUGCGCGAGCUCAUCGAUCGUUGGGACAUGUUUUGUUGAUGGAUAAGAAGUACGAGGACGCUUACAAACAUUUGAGAAGAAGUCUGGAAUUGCAGCCAAUUCAACUGGGAACCUGGUUCAACGCUGGCUACUGUGCGUGGAAGCUGGAGAACUACAAAGAAUCGACCCAGUGCUACCAUCGAUGCGUCUCCCUUCAACCGGACCAUUUCGAAGCGUGGAACAACCUAUCGGCCGCCUAUAUCCGUCACGGACAAAAGCCAAAAGCAUGGAAGCUACUGCAGGAAGCGCUGAAGUUCAACUACGAACAUCCGCACGUCUGGGAGAACUACAUGCUGUUGUCGGUGGACGUAGCCGAGUUUUCGCAGGCCAUUCAGGCCUACCAUAGGCUGUUGGAUAUGAAUAAACGGGGAGCGGAUGAUGAUGUUUUGGAGCUGAUUGCUCAGCAGAUUCUGAGAAGGGAAGCGGAGAUUACGGUAGAGAAGGAAUCUGAGGAGGAAAUCGCGGAAAAUCAAAGGGUCAAAGAGGAAAUGAUCAAAUUGCUGGCCAGAAUCUCCGCGAAUCAUCAGACCCUAUCCCCGAAAACGCUGAGAGUUUAUGCGUUGCUCAAAAAACCGAAAACUCUGAACCCGGAGACUAGAACAGAAUUUGAAAAGUAUAUCCAGCUAAUGGAGAAGAGUCUAGCGGCGGCCAAUGGAAAGAUGACGUGGCCGAAGGAGGAGAAGUUGGCGGUCGAGGUGGUCGAAACCGCUGUGAGGUUGGCUGAGGAUCGUCUGGAAUUGGCCAAGUUUGUGGCGUCGGAAACGUCGGUGAAGGAGGUAUUGCUCAAAAACUCAAAAUUUUCGCGGGUUUCGAAAGCACGCUCUACUGAAAAUAAGAAAUUAGCCUCCUCGAAAGUCCGUCUCUCGCUCCGUGGCAUUCUCAGCCGCCUCGACAAAGAAUCUUGCUCCAGAAUCGGUGGUGAAGACGUCGAGAAGCUCGCCGAGCUUGUCGACGUGGCAAAACGUCUUCUCGAAAGUGUGUCGCUUUAA